UAUUAACAUUUCCAGGGGCCCUCAUGAGGCUGGGGAGUCAGUCAGUGGUGGAGAGGAGCUCCGGGAGCAGGCUCAACUUUCCCCGGGACACACUGCAGCUUCCCCGGCGUAAUGACUCUCUACCACGGCCGUCUGCCGCCUCUCGGAAUGCCGCACUCGGCUCUGAGCCUCUCCGGUACCCCGCUCAUCUACCUGUACGGAGGGGACAGCCGAGGGGUCGUGCCCGCCACUUUGAGCUUCGUGCCGGCCCGCGAGGAGCCUCCGCAGAAGCCGCCCUACAGCUACAUUGCGCUCAUCGCCAUGGCCAUCAAGAGCGCACCGGAGCAGCGCGCGACGCUCAGCGGAAUCUACCAGUUCAUCAUGGACCGGUUCCCCUUCUAUCACGACAACAAGCAGGGCUGGCAGAACUCCAUCCGCCACAACCUGUCCCUGAAUGACUGCUUCAUCAAGGUGCCUAGAGAGAAGGGCCGUCCUGGCAAAGGCAGCUACUGGACGCUGGACACCAAGUGUCUGGACAUGUUCGAGAACGGCAACUACCGUCGGAGGAAGAGGAAGGCGAAGAGCCAGCAGGAGGCUCUGGACUCCAAAGUCGGAGGACACAAGCGCUCUAAGGGCCCGGGCCCAUCCAGGGACCCUCAAUCCGCUCUGAGACAUCAGACCGGCUCGGGUGUAGAGGCACCAGCGAGGCAGGGCGCGGAGGCGGUGGAGACACAACCUGACACAAAAGCGGUUCUUGUCGAGUUUAACCACGCGGAGCAGACGCAUAAUCCUCCCAGACCUAAAGUGUCCUUCAACCAGGGUACGCUUGCGUCCACCGGGAGGAGGCUUGACGCCCCCCAACCUGAGACAUGUCCGGUUCCGAGACACGCUCCGCUCUGGAUAGACCCUGUGCAUGUCCCAGGCGCGUCCCUCCACCGGGAGCCAGAGGAGAGACGGUCAGCGUUCAGCGGAAGAGACAAGGAAAGAGGUCCGCUCUGCGCCGUCAGUUUCAGUUGCGCGGGGAACACUAACUUGGCUGCGCUCGCGCAGGACAGGCCGAAAGGACACGCGCCGAGCAGGGACAAAUCAAAAGGUUUUAGCAUCGAGAGCAUCUUAUCGAGGAGCGAAGACGAAAUGCGCAGCAGCAUCCUCGGGUUGUCUGCGGAGACAUGCGCAGAGCGCAGUCCGUCCGUGGUCCUCGGCGCACGGCCGCAUCAGUUGUACCAGAUGGGAUUUCCUCUCUGCCCUUACCUGUCUCUCACCUGCCCCGACAACGUGCUGCAUUUUAAAUGAGUACAGCUCAGACUUUCAUGUAUUUCACUCACGGAUGGAAGUGUAAACUCUGUAAUUAGCUUUGCAUGAUGAGACAGCUUACUGCUCUUCUGCUCUUUUCAGGAUCCCGAUCAUCCUCAUCAUCUGCAGCAAUGACAAAGAGCAGCAGCGACGCUUUUACAUUCUGUUUUACGCAUGCGUAAUUGUCAGUAGUUAUUGUUUGUGGUAAUUAUUCAAAAACUGUUGCUCCCUACAGUUUAUGGCUCAAUGCUUGAUACAACAUGUAAAGUGUAUGAGGGUCAUGUACACAGUGUGUCUCUUUAUGAUGAAUCAGUGAACGUCAUGCUGAGCCUGCAGCCUGCAGCAACUCUGCAUAUCAAUAUGAGAACAACGUUAAGUGCUCUGUAAUGUAACCAAAUGAUGUUCCACAUUCCACUCUGCUCUGAAUGCCAUGUGCAAAAAUAAAGCUUAGUUUGGUCAGAAAACAACAGAAUGAUUUAUUUAAAACCAAGAAUUCAGUUGGAAGAUU